AUGUUCAGCGACGUCCAUGACGACUCGAGCACACGAGCUCCGGAUGACAGGAGCUUAACCUCUUUGCCCGAGACCAGUGUUGGCGGCAUGGUUCCAGCUGUGUCUCAUGUGCCUCAGAGGGCGCCUAUGCCCCGAGCAGGAGCAGCAUUCCCCUUCUCAUUCUGGCGGUUUAGCAGCAACGAGCGCCGCAAGCAUGAGCGUGAUUCCUUGCGCAGCCGAUCGAAAGAAGGCAGACCUGGCAGUCGAAAGCACCGCCGGUACACGCACUCGGUGGAUCUGGUCAACAGCUUGAGGCGUGUGAUGUCAGCGCGUGGAGAGGAGGAUCUGCCAGCAGAUGUGGAUGCCGUGGAAGAGGAGCGACCUCGGGUGCGACCUUCUGCCUUCUACCGGCUGCUGGAGUGCGAAGGCGCCGCGAACGCCCUGGAGGCCUGGGCCGCUGCAGAGAGCCGCGGGCGCUCGCCGCGGCGUGCGCGGCCCAAGGGCGAUGCCUGGGAAGCCGAGGAGCAUGUUCGCCAGGUGCGCCGUGCUUUCCGCGAGAAUUGGCAGUUCCUGGCGCAGAGCGAGUCCUCACAGGAGCUGAUCGCCAAGUUGGAGGAGCUCACUCAGGUGGCUUUUGGGAAGACCCGCGGCUUGGAGGAGGAGGACUUGCUGAUGUGGCAGCUGAUGUGGACAGGUGGUGACUUGGCUACCGAAGCUGGGGCUCCGCCUGCUGAUGAGAUGCUUUUGAUGGGCCUGAAUGCCACGGAGCGAAAGGUGGUCCACCAGCUGGCACGGCUCAUUGGCCUGCACUCCGAGAGCAGGCUUCUUGGCGAAUGCCAGGGCGAGGACCUUAAGGCAGACAAGGCACUGGCGCUGCGCCCCCCGCGGAGCUUGCGCUGUCGCACAGGAUCUUGGGCUGCGCCCUUCUCGGUGUCUCAAGUGCUGAUUUCGUCAGUGACGGCCUCUUAA